UAGUUUGAAAAUAUUUCCUCCUUAAUUGUUGAGCUCACGCCACGAUUCACACACCAUGUUCAUUUGAAAAUAUGAAACCAGAGAAGCUCUAAAAAGCCUCUAAAUGGAGGACAAGAAAGCAAACAUAAUCGCGACUAUAUCCAUAUUAGCCCUUCUCAUAGUGAUAAUCGCCGCCCGAGUUUCUCUAAAACUCUCCAGAACCUUCUUUCUCAUCGCCGGCGUCGACAUUUCGUUAAUCCUCGCCGUGAUCUGUUUCCUCAUAAUCCGAUACCGUUACAACAGAGAGAGAAAGCUCCUGGAAUCGAGGUACGUCUCCGAAGGCAGAGAGCUCCGAAUCGAGUACAGCUUCCUGAGAAAAGUCGCCGGAGUCCCUACCAAAUUCAAGCUCGAGGAUCUCGAAGAAGCCACCGACGGAUUCCGAUGCCUGAUCGGAAAAGGCGGAUCCGGAUCUGUCUUCAAAGGAGUGUUGAAAGACGGAAGCCAAGUCGCCGUGAAGAGAAUCGAAGGAGAAGAGAUCAAAGGAGAGCGAGAGUUCAGAUCCGAAGUAGCCGCCAUAGCUUCGGUACAGCACAAAAAUCUAGUUCGUCUUUUCGGUUUCUCGUCGGUAAAUCGCCAGAGAUUCCUCGUCUACGAGUUUAUCGCGAAUUCGUCUCUCGAUAUCUGGAUUUUUCCGGCUAAAGGAAAUAGAAGAUGCGGAGGAGGAUGCUUGUCUUGGGACCAAAGGUACCAAGUCGCAAUCGAUGUAGCUAAAGCGCUUGCCUAUCUCCACCAUGAUUGUCGAUCGAAGAUCUUGCAUCUCGACGUGAAACCCGAAAACAUCCUCCUCGACGAGAAUUACAGAGCGGUGGUUACAGAUUUCGGACUCUCGAAGCUGAUCGCUAGAGACGAGAGCCGGGUUUUAACGGAUAUCCGAGGGACACGUGGAUAUCUAGCUCCGGAGUGGCUUCUAGAACAUGGAAUUUCGGAGAAAUCCGAUGUUUACAGCUACGGAAUCGUGUUACUUGAGAUGAUCGGAGGAAGGAGAAGUAUUUCAAGGGUAGAGGUUGAGGAAACGAAGACGAACACACUUUGUAAUAAGAAGAAGAAGAAGAAGAAGAAGAAGUUGGAGUAUUUUCCGAGGAUUGUGAACCAGAAGAUGAGAGAAAGGAAAGUGAUGGAGAUUGUAGAUGAACGGAUGAUAGAAGCCAAGGAAGUAGAUGACGAAGGGCAAGUGAUGAAACUGGUGUGUGUUGCUCUUUGGUGUAUACAAGAGAAGGCUAAGAAUAGACCUGAUAUGGCUAUGGUGAUUGAGAUGCUUGAAGGGAGAGUUCCGGUGAAUGAGCCGCCGGAUUCUGAAGUUGUUGUGGUCGAUCUUUUGGCAGCUGAUGAUGAUGAUGAUGCAGCUACAGGUGUACGACGUGUUGUUGAUAUCCCGAGAUUGCAUAUUCAGAGGGAGAGGAAUUUUCGUUUACCCUCUAUUUGCUCUAGUAUCAUAUCUCCCAUCUCUCCACGGUAGAUUUUUUUUGUUGGUAAAUAUUGGUUUUGUUUCGAUAUAUGUAAUAAGCACAAUUUGUAACAAGCAUAUGGGUUUCAACGUGUCAAGAAUCUCACAUUGGAAAUUA